AUGGGAUUUGGAGGCUUUGUGCUUCGCUUUUUCAACCUCUCCAUCCGAGUACUGCAGCUACUCGACGGUGCUGUUAUCCUAGGAAUCUUUUCCUACUUCCUCGCCAUCCAAACCAAGCAUAAUGUCGAAAUCCCACAGUGGAUGCGGGCCGUUGAGGGUCUGAGUGGUGCGGCCACACUAUAUGGAUUACUGGGAUCCAUUUUCACCUGCUGCUUAGGAGGCGUUGCCUUCUUCGCCUACCUCGCCAUGCUGCUCGAUGUGCUCUUUGUCGGAGCCAUGAUUGCCAUCGCGGUGUUGACCCGUGAUGGUCCCCAGAGUUGCCAGGGACAGGUCGAUACACCGUUGGGUUCGGGAGAUAGCAAUGAUGAUUCCGCGGCUGGACUGGGCUUUGGUAUGGCCUGUCAACUGCAAAAGGUUGUUUUUGCAGUCUCCAUCAUUGGAAUUUUCUUCUUCUUAGUCUCCAUCGGCUUGCAGGCCCUCUACCGCCACAACCACAAGCGCGAGAAGCGCUUCGGUCCGUCCCCUCACAACAACUACACCUACGGCACCCGUCGCGGCCGUGGUUUCUUCUGGCGCCGCAACAAGCAUAACCCGGACAGCAACGUCAACCCCGACGACGCUCUCCCCGGUCACCCUACGCCGCAGGAUGUCGAACUCGGUACCAACACUGAGAAGUCGAACGGUAGUGGAUUCUUCUCGCGCAACAAGAACAGCACUGCUGGUGCCAACGGAUACGGCAACUCGGCAUAUACGGGUAACUAUUAA